ACUUUGUCAAUAUUAGUCCAACACAGCAAAAUACCUGAAUCGAACACCGUCUCAAAUCUCAAACAUAUCGUCAAAUCUUCAAACAUGGCCCCCGGCCCUGGCACCAAGGUCGAUCUCGGCGAAAACGCUCCCACUAAGAAGGAACGCGCUGGUGCUGUGCCUUCGGAAUCUCUAGCUGCCGAGUCCUUCAAGGAGGGCGGUGAGUUCACCUCCAACAAGGGCAUCCGCUCCGAGAACGUUCCCUCCAAGUCCUCCGAAACAUCGGGCGCAGGUCGCGAUACUACCUCGGCCAGUCAAACUGGCAACGUUUCCAAGACCUCUGCUGGACAAGCUGAGGGUCAGCACCGUCGUCACAACAAGAAUCUCGAGGGGAGCUGGGAUGAGUCCAACACGGAGGAUGGUCUUCAGAAGGCGCUGAAUGCUGAGCCUGGUAGCGACGACGACCCUGGUCGGUUGGCAGAGCUGAAGUUCCAGCAGCAGCAAGCUGGAGGGGGUGCUGGCCCUAGGGAAGAGAAACUAUCGACCAAGUCUGGCUACGAUGCUCUGGAUGCAGAGACUCCUUCUUAAGUAGUUCGGACGCUGUUGUGUGUGCUACAUGAUAGUAUCAAUGAUGAAUGAUUGCAUGAU